CACAGACAAACCGCUUCCAAAAAUUGAAUGCAUUUAUGGUUGCGUUUUGUAAACAACAAUAAUUUGUUUUCUGUGAUUUUGUUAUAAAUAAUCUUCAUUCCAUUUGCUAGAGACACACUUCCACUUUUAUAUAAUUUAGAAAAUUGCAUUUCUAAUCUGAAAAAUGCAGAAUUCACCCCAUGGUCCAACGCGUACGCGUCCAAAUGAAACCAAGUUGAUAAACAAAUUACCUGUCCAUCAUCCAUCCAAGUCUGUUAAGAGUUUGUAUCGUUCAUCACGAUCACAUUAUAAAUCAUAUAAAUAUGCAGACAUUGGAUUUACUAUAACCAAAACGAAUAAAAAAUACGUUGCCCAUUGCAAAGUUUGCAACAGAACUCUGGGCAACACAGCUUAUGCCCGUCUAAAGGGCCACAGGAACAUUUGCAGAGAAGCAUCACCAACAAAUAGCGAAGAAGAAUGUCCCUUGUUUCCAGAAAUAAAUAAUGCAACCUAUGUUUCGAAAGAAAAUGAUCUUGAUUCUACAAAAUCUAACUCACAUGUUUCUCGAGACGAUUCCACAAUUACUUUGAAUGUGAUUGAGAUAGAACCGAAAAUAGAGAAUUUGGAAUGUGAAGUCAAUGCCAACCAUCUUUCCCAAUGUAACUCAGACGAAGACUCUCAGAUACUAAACGAAGACAAUCAAUUGAAGCUUAAUAUUAUUGAAGUUCUCUUGCCUAUUAAGUACAACAAAAAAUUACUCUUUGAAGAUACCACACAAAAGAGCAUAAAUAUGUGGAUAAAAGUUUUGAAAAACGCUCAAAAUCUCAACCUAGCUCCCACUGAUGUCACUUGGACAUAUGCUCGUGAUACACUAUACUCACAUUGGAGACAUCACACACUUCAAAAGAAGGAUGCCAUUGAUUCUGGUGAAUUAGACGUAAAAUAUAAUAUUGUUGAUCUUGUCAUAUUACAAAUUGAAGAUACCCCAAUGUUAAGUGAUAGUGCAUGUUUUGAAAACGAGAAUUCAUUUGAAACUGCAAAUAACUCCAACUUCGAUAAGACAAUUGAUAAGACAACUGAAAACAGUCAACCUUCCGAAAAUGUAUGGUCUGCAAAAAAUAGAAAUUCCAUAUCCACUCAAACCUCGGAUGAAGUUAUCAAAACUGAAUUGAGAUUAAAGCUAUUGCAGUGCGAGGCCAUGGAAAUAGAGAAUUAUAAGCGCUGUUUAGAAGCUCUGGAAUUGGAACGCAAACUACAAAUCCCUAAUUCAAAAUUUACAGCCAAGUAUUUUCCUACAACACUAAAUCGUUCGAAUGAACAGAGACGGGAUGACUCAAGUAAUUUGAUUAAAAUCGAAAUAGAUGAUUGACAUUCAUUUUCUAAGAGCAUGUUAUUAUUUGAAAGCAACAAAAUAUAAAAUAUAUUUAAAAUGUUUGUA